AUGGAUGAUGUCGAAGCAAGGUGGAACCAUAUCGAGACUGGCGUGAAGAAAAUUAUGACCGACGUGCGGGGCGGCAUCGACUUUAAAGAACACAUGAAGAACAACUUAAAGGCAUACUUUGCCCUUUACACUUCUAUCCACAAAUUCUGCGUAGUGCCGGGCCCCGCCUCGUUCGCGCGUGCUGAAUACCUUUACGAACACCUCACCGAGUACCUAAGCUCCCACCUGAAGGGCGUGCAGGCGCGAUCAAAGGAGUAUAUCGAUGAUGCUCUCCUCUCAUUCUAUAUUACGGAAUGGCAUCAAUACAGGACGGCUGCAGAAUGUAACAACUGGUUGUUUCAAUAUUUAAACCGUCAUUGGAUAAAAGACAAGAUCAAGCAGGGUAGAAAGGAUAUUUACACUGUUAUAACUCUCCACCUAGUGCGGUGGAAGGAGGACGUGUUUAUCAACACCCAAGAGAGCCUCGUGCAGGCGAUCCUCAAGCUCAUUGAGAGGCAAAGGAACGGUGAGAUGAUUGAGAAGUCUCGCAUCAAGCCCGUUAUCGAAUCGUUCGGCAAUCUGACCGAGCCCCUCGAUCUGGAUGAGUCGGAUGAAUCAAAGUCCACUGUCGAUUUCUGCAAAGAAUACUUCCAGGAGCCCUUCCUGAAGGCCACCACGGAAUAUUAUGACACCAAAUCGAAACUGUUCUUAGCCGAGAACAACGUCGCGGAGUACAUGAAAAUGGCAGAGGCUUGUCUAGAAGAAGAGGAGGAACGCGUUUCACCGUACCUCCAUGACGAUACUAAACCGCUUCUGAUGCAGAAAUAUCUAGGUCGUCUCCAGGGCCGCUUCUCGACCCAUGUCCGCAAGGCUGGUCUGGCAGCCGUCGAAGAGGUGGCUCGGGAAGAUGAUAACCUUGAGCCAGAGGUCUACGCCGAGGCUCUCCAUAAGACUCACGCACAAUACCAGAGUCUAGUCAACCAUUCAUUUAAUGGAGAUUCGGGGUUCAUGCAAUCGGUGGACAACGCCUGCCGUGAGUUUGUUAACCGCAACAAGAUCUGCCUGUCGGGGUCAAACAAGUCAGCCGAGCUUCUCGCCAAGUACACCGACACCGUGCUAAAGAGAUCAAUCCUCACGAUGGCCACAGACGACAGAGAAACGCGUCUUACCCAGAUCAUAACUCUUUUCAAGUACAUUGAGGACAAGGACGUCUUCCAGAAGCACUACUCGGAAAUGUUAGCCGAGCGUCUAAAGCAAAAUAUACUCGUCUCUAAUAGGGCCGAGAAGAGGAUGAUUAGCAAGCUGGGAGAAGUUUGCUACUAA